AUGAAUAGUUCAAACAAUAAGCAAGAUUUUUUGGGGGACUGUGUAUUCAAAAGCUUUUUUGUAGUAUUGCUGGGUGUCAUUAUCAAUUGUAUCAACAGCAUUCUGCUUUAUACUUUCUUCAAAAACCCUGUCCUUGCUCAGGAGCCUCGCUAUAUCCUAUACACACAGCUGAUUAUCAAUGACAUCAUAACUUUGUCUGUUGGUGUUACUUUAUAUGUGUUCACUUGUUUACUGCCAAACUUAAAUGUUGCAAUCUGCUGCGUUCUUGUCUUGAUUGCGAGCAACGUCUUCAAGAACACACCUCUAAACCUGGCCGGCAUGGCUAUUGAGCGAUUUGUGGCAGUUUGCUACCCUUUACAUCAUGCACAAAUAUGUACCGUCCAAAACACUAAAAUCCUGAUCGGCAUCAUCUGGCUGAUGGGAGCCCUGCCUGGCAUGUUGGACUUUUUAGUGGUCUUGGCUCUUCGUCCUCUCUCCUUCUUUACUUCUAAUCGUAUUUGCUUCCUGCAAAAUGUGUUCGAUUUUGAGUAUCAUGUAAUAAGCCAUGCUGUCUUUAACAUUGUUUAUAUGUGCUCAGUGUGGGUGCUGCUUUUCUACACUUACUUCAAAGUGCUAUUCUCUGCUAAAGCAGCUGCAUCAGAACCAGCUCAAGCACAGAAGGCGAGGAGAACUAUCUUACUGCACGGGGUUCAGCUACUGCUCUGUACGCUGUCCCUGUUAACAACAGUUCUGGAUGGGGCUUUGACAAGUCGCUUUCCUGACUACAGGCAAAUAAUCUACUACUGCACCUUUAUUCUUACCAGCAUUUUGCCACGGUUAUUAAGUCCACUCAUAUAUGGCUUGAGAGAUCAAACGUUUAAGAAAUAUAUGAAGAGUUCAUUUAUGUGUUCCACUAAGACUUUUGUGUCUCCUGAAAAAUAG